AUGGCAGUCGCGGCGCUGGACGCUGCUGCCGCCCUGGCGCCGCUGGUUCGAGCGGCAGCCGAAGGCGCGGCAACGGGGGGCGCUGCGAGGCACGGCAUCGCGGCCGCCGUGGCCGCCGCGGCGCGCGUCGGUGCUGAGCUGAUCGGGGGCUGGGCUGCAGAUGGAGCUGGCGAUGAGGAGGACGCCGAGCUCGCCCUGCGGCUUCGGGCCAUCAGGCCAGCCCUGGCGCGCCUGAUCCACGGCGAGAGGACUUCGGGCGCCGAGCGGGCGACUCCGAACCUCGGGGCCCACGCAUUCCUCGGUGAAGGCGCCGAGGUCCUCGAGGCCGCGCUCGAGCGGCCGCAGGCCAGCCAGCGCCGUGGGCGGUCUGGCGCCCUCGCCCCAACGGAUCUGGGGGCACUCAGCCGUCCUCCCCCUGAGGCGGGAUGGCGACCCAGCCUGGAGGCGAGGCGCCGUAGCAUGGCGCCGCCCACAGACGAGUGCGGCUACAACGGCGAUGCGAAGAAAGACGAUGACGGGCACCAGCAGCACGUGGACGAGCAGCAGCACGUGCAGCUGCACAACCAGUACGAGAUCAAGUACGGCGUCGGCGACGACGAGCUCGAGGGCUACGACAGCGAUCGCGGGCCCGAUGAGGUCAGGUUCGAGUCCAAGCCCGAGCUCGGCGAGUGCGCUGGCGACGGAGCGCAGGACGAUGAUUCCAGGCACGUCGACGACGACACCCUCGGCGACGCCUGCACGGGCGAGGACGGUCUCGGCUCGGGCGAGCACGACGAGCCGAGCGAUGUGCAGGACGAGGGCGAGUACGAGGAGUGCACGGACGGGAACCUGGGCGCUGGCGCGGUUCCUCCACCCCUGGCCUCUGGCACGCAGUGGUGGCAGUGGAGGCUCGAGGAGCUGGGGCGGAAUGGCGGCCCGAAGGCACCCAGCGCCUGCCCGCCGACCACGGCGGUGAAGGGGGUGGAGUGCGAGAGGGACUCGGCCGAUGAUGAUGAUGAGGCUGCAGAUGAUGAGCCUCUUGGCAGCGACCCGUCGGAGUACGCUGUCAAGCACGACGGGCGCACGCAGCCAGGUGUUGCACAGCAGGACCUCCAGGAGAAGGUCGGGAUCGGCUCCGCGGGCCCCACGAGGGAGGUGCACUUCGAGGAGGAGUGCACGUGGGCGGACUCCCAGCGGGUCCAGGAGCAGGAGUCGGAGGCCCAGGACAAAACUACAUCGGAGCCCGCUCUCGCCGAGACGCCGGUGCGCGUGGACACCCAGGCGGUCUCCGAGCAGCAGUCCGACGUCAACCAGCAGCGCGACUCCGAGCAGCCCGAGGAGCAGCAGCAGUUCCCUUCGGAGCGGGCGGAGCUCGUGGCGCUGCGGGCCAGAUACAACGGGCUGAUGGCUGGGGUUCGCGCCGCCUUGGGCGCCAAGCUGCGCGCAGCCUGUGAGGCGCGCGGCAGGCGCUGA